CGGGAUUCUUCCCGCCAAAAUUUAAAACUCCAAAUCCAAAACAAAACAUGAACUUGAAAUGGUCAGUAGGGUAAAAAUCGAUUUUUCAUCCUUCACUUUGACCGUUGCUUUCAGUAUUGAUAGGUUUUUAUAGGAGACGACAACUAUCAAAAACAUGUCACAAGGCACAACUCAGUUUGGUCGUCAGCCAGCUCAUUUCCUUAUUGUUGAUCUGUCCAAACCUAUGAAUCACGAUGCUUUAUUGAAUAUCUUCCAAAGUCUUGGUGACUUCUUUUCCCUUGUGUCUCAAAUAUCUGGGCCAUCACAAGUCCCUCUAUUUGGGCUUAACACCAUUGGACAAUUUGCUGAGGUAUGUUUAACUGUUGGACAUUGGAUUUUAGAAUCUAUUAGUCAGGGACUGAAAGAUGUUCUCACUCAGUAUGAAAGACAGCAACAAACAUUUAGACAGAUCACGAAUUUGCCAUGUCAACUGGAAAUCACCAUAGUAACUUGCCAACAUUCUGACAUCAUUAGUGCGCAUGUACGAAAGGUUUCACGCACAUUGAAUUUGGAUUGCUUGAAGAAGGUACAAGUUGUGAGGGUGAAGUCUCAAGAAGCUCUCCAAAAUGAAAUGAAUAGUCCAUCAUCAGUUGAAUGCUGUUCUGAUGACUCAAUGGAAGCAAUUUCGGACAUCGUUGACGUACUUUCUAUAGAAAAUGAUGCUCUCUGUAUGAUGAAUUUCUUCAAAGUGUGGUUGAAAGACUGUAGCUCUGACACUGAAAGUCUUCAUAUCGUUUUGCCUACUUUAACGAGCUCGUCUUCAGGUAUUUAUACUGGGCUUGUUAUAUCUAAUAAUAAUAGCUAUAUUAUGGUAGAUGACAGCUCAUCUGGCUGCGAAAUGGUGUUAAAAUGUGAUCUACACGAAGUCUUGAUUGAUCCUCUUGCACUGCUAAAUUGCGGAGAAUACUUUAAUUUGAAAGGCGACUACACCUUUCCCAAGAGUUAUUCUCAAACGAACAGACCGGGGGGCGCAUCGCAAUUCACUAAGAAAGUCUCCAGAUUAAGAGCUCUGUCUCUUGUGAGGACGAACGGAGUCUGUGAAUCUGUGGUAACAUCGUGUACGCAGCUGUACGGAUUGCCCAUGUAUGCAAGGCCAACGUGCUGCUGGAAAUUGGACUGGGAUGAACUGGAGUCGAAUCAACAAAAUUUCAACUCCCUGUGCAACCUGUUGAGCGAGAAGGAGUUAUCUUUGAUACUGAAGUCUGAAUUCGGGCACCAAGAGAAAGAGCAAUCCCUUCCACAAUCGUACUUUAUGGUAAUGGCAUCUUCCAACUCUGCCAGCAUGAUCAUCAAAUCUGUGGCAAUGGAGGAGUUGAUGUUGCCCAUGGAUUUCCCCUCUCUUUCUCAGAAAACAUCUCAGCAGUCGGUGGAAUUUAUCGAGGAGAGCUUGCAUAAGCUGCCCUUGUUAGAUGUUUAUAAUCCAUUCUUCAUGAAGUCGAAUCUCUUCAAGUUCAUUGUUUCGAAGACGAUCAAAAACAGUUCAUCAUCAAGAGGCAACAAAAGAAAAUUUCAAGCUCCUCAGAAGAUGCAAAACACACAAAACAGGUCAUUCUCUUCUAAUAACAGUUGUCGUGGUGGAAAACAGACCGCAACAGGUCGUAAAAAAGUUAGUUUUCAAUCCCCAGAUACUCAUCGAUAUCCUACUGCUGCCAGCUCACGAAGUGUACAAACGCCGAAAAGAUCGCGAAUGUUAUCGAAAGUUUCGGUGAUUGGCGGAAAUACGUCAUGAUCUGUUGAUCAUUCAAGGUACCAAUACGAAAUUAUGUGAGGUCGAUUUGAGUGACACGUUCUCAUGGUUUCAAUGCGAGGUUCAUAUGCAUGCAACUCGAGUUAUUUAUUUUUAUGAAACAAAGACGUGGUUGUGGUUUCAAACCGC